AUGGUUGCUUUUGAGCAAGCACACAUCUUCAACAACAACCCUCUUAGUGAUAAGAUCCAUCUCUACGUUAGAAGAACUGUGGGCGGGACCCGGGAGCCGCCAGGCCAGCGGUUCUCCCCCCAUGCUGCGCCGCCAUUGGACGGGGCGGGACGCUCGCCCUCCGCCAUAGGCCGGCGAGUGUGCGCGCGGGCGGCGCCGAUUGGCCGGUUCCUCCUCCUGCGGGAGGGAGGGCGCCAGGGGGCGGAGCGCCCGGACGCCCGUUCCUUUUUUCAGCUCCGCCAGCGGCGGCGGCGGGUCGCGCGAGGGAGCUCCGGCUGGCUUUUCCUUGCGAUGCUGCUCUUCCCGCCGCCGCCCUCCUCCUCCUCGCUGGCUCCGGCGCCGGGCGGCUCCGCGGGGCCCGGGGCGCGAGCGGCGGGCCCGGAGCUGCAAGGCGAGGCCGGCGUCGGGGAGCGGCCGGGCGAAGAGGCGGCGGGACGAGGCCGCGCCGGGGCCCUGGCCGAAGGCGCCCCGCGCUCGCCGCCGGGGACCCACCCCGAGCCGGACGGGGCGUCGUCUGAGGCGGAGGCCGCUGCGUCAGCUGCCCGGGAGGCCGCCGGUCCCCGCUGGGGAGCCCAGCACGCCGGAGCCCGGGAGCUGGCGGAGCUCUACUCGCCCGGGAAAAGGUUGCAAGAGUGGAUCAGUGUCAUCUUAUGUUUUUCUCUGAUGACUUUCAACUUCUACAAUCUCAUCUUCUGCGUGAGAUGGGAACAUGCACUCUCCGUUAUUGUUGGGAUAUUUGCAGGAGUCAUUACUGCAGAUUUCAUUUCGGGUCUUGUGCACUGGGGAGCGGACACCUGGGGAUCUGUGGAGCUGCCAAUAGUUGGAAAGGCUUUUAUCAGACCUUUCAGAGAACAUCACAUUGACCCGACUGCAAUUACCAGACAUGACUUCAUAGAGACCAAUGGAGAUAACUGCAUGUUGACCGUGGUUCCACUAGCAAACAUGGCCUACAGGCUAGUUUCUUUAUCGCCAGAAGCAUUACACCAAGGGUGCCCUUGGGAGUGUUACGUCUUUUCCCUGGCUAUACUUGUCACCCUGACAAACCAGAUUCACAAGUGGUCUCACACCUAUUUUGGUCUUCCUUGGUGGGUCGUCUUUCUGCAGGACUGGCACAUCAUCCUGCCACGGAAACACCAUCGAAUCCACCACGUGUCUCCUCAUGAAACCUAUUUCUGUAUUACUACAGGCUGGCUCAACUAUCCAUUAGAGAAAAUCGGAUUUUGGAGGUUCCUGGAGAAUAUCAUUCAAAGACUGACAGGAGAAAAACCUAGAGCAGACGAUAUGAAAUGGGCUCAGAAAAUUAAAUAACUCUUUGACAGCUUCUGCAGCCCUCCCAUCUGUUGCCAAUAUUUUUAAAAGAGAAAAAAAAGCCAUCAGCCAAAUUAAAGACUUGCAAAAGAAAUAAUGGACUAAAGCACAAUGCUUUUUUUAUAAAAUGUGCUAACAGACCAGUUAAAGGACUCACUCUUCAAAAUAAUACUUGAAAUGCAAAUGGUUUUUUUUCCCAUUUGUACAGAGCACCUUCUGUUAGCCACAUCUCCUGAUGUCGAACACACUCAUCCUUGAGUCUCAAAAGCCAUUAGUCGGAGAAGAACAUCUACCACUUCUAGCAAGAUAAUGUCAGUGGCACAGUAAAAAAAAAUGUGUUGUAUCAACAUGAAUUACCACUUCGAAAGUAGUUUAAGACAGUGUGGGAGAACAA